AAAAAGAUUUGAGUGAGUGAAUGCUUCAGGACUCAGGAGUGGAAGACAAGGAGAAAAGCCAGACAGAAAACAGGUGGGAAGCCUGGCCAGGUCUCCCAAUUAAGAAGGCAUGGGCCUUGUGCAGUGGGGGCUUCUGCUGGCUUGCCUGGGCUGUGGAAUUCUGCUCGGAGCGCAGGCUCAGUUUCCCCGCGUCUGCAUGACCUUGGGUGGUGUGCUGACCAAAGAGUGCUGCCCGCCCCUGGGCCCAGAGUCAGCCAACAUCUGUGGAUCUCAGGAGGGCAGGGGCCAGUGCACAGAGGUGCAGACCGACACCAGGCCCUGGAGCGGCCCUUACGUCCUUCGAAACCAGGAUGACCGUGAGCAGUGGCCGAGAAAAUUCUUCAACCGGACAUGCAAGUGCACAGGAAACUUUGCUGGUUAUAAUUGUGGAGGCUGCAAGUUUGGCUGGACCGGCCCCAACUGUGACCAGAAGAAGCCACCCGUCCUGCGCCGGAAUAUCCACUUUCUGACUCCCCAGGAGCGGGAGCAGUUCUUGAGUGCCUUAGACCUGGCGAAGAAGAGCGCCCACCCAGACUACGUGAUCACCACACAGCACUGGCUGGGGCUGCUCGGACCCAACGGCACCGAGCCCCAGAUCGCCAACUGCAGCGUGUAUGACUUUUUUGUGUGGCUCCAUUAUUAUUCUGUUCGAGACACAUUAUUAGGUCCAGGACGCCCCUAUAAGGCCAUAGAUUUCUCACAUCAAGGGCCUGCAUUUGUCACAUGGCACAGAUACCAUUUGUUGUGGCUGGAAAGAGAGCUACAGAGACUCACUGGCAACGAGUCCUUUGCCUUGCCUUACUGGAACUUUGCAACCGGGGAGAAUGAGUGUGACGUGUGCACAGACGAGCUGCUUGGAGCAGCAAGACAAGAUGACCCAACCCUGAUUAGUCAGAACUCAAGAUUCUCCACCUGGGAGAUUGUGUGUGACAGCUUGGAUGACUACAACCGCCGGGUCACACUGUGCAAUGGAACCUACGAAGGUUUGCUAAGAAGAAGCAAAGUAGGAAGAAACAACGAGAGGCUGCCCACCUUAAGGAAUGUGCAGGACUGCUUGUCUCUGCAGAAGUUUGACAGCCCGCCCUUCUUCCAGAACUCUACCUUCAGCUUCAGGAAUGCUCUGGAAGGCUUUGAUAGAGCGGAUGGAACACUGGACUCUCAAGUUAUGAGCCUUCAUAAUUUGGUUCACGCCUUCCUGAAUGGAACGAAUGCCUUGCCACACUCAGCUGCCAACGAUCCUGUUUUUGUGGUCCUCCACUCCUUUACAGAUGCCAUCUUUGAUGAGUGGCUGAAGAAGAACCACCCUUCCACAGAUGCCUGGCCUCAGGAGCUGGCACCCAUCGGUCACAAUCGGAUGUAUAACAUGGUCCCGUUCUUCCCACCGGUGACUAAUGAGGAACUCUUCUUAACCGCAGACCAACUUGGCUACAAUUACGCCAUUGAUCUGUCAGUGGGGGAAGCUCCAGUUUGGAGCACAACCCUCUCAGUGGUCACUGCAACACUGGCUGUGUUCAUCGGUCUCUUGGGGCUGCUGGCCUUCCUUCAAUACAAAAGGCUUCGCAAAGGAUACACACCCUUAAUGGAGACAGGUCUAAGCAGCAAGAGAUACAUGGACGAAGCCUAGAGUGC